AUGCGGUACCUGCUUCCCGCAAGACUUGGAGGCCCAGGGGGAUUAUGGAAUUUACAGGGCUUAGGAUCUCUGCGAAGUUCAGUGGCCACUGAAGGUCUAAGGACCCUCGCAAACGCUAGCAACAUUACAAGUCGAAGAAGCUUUGCUGUCCAAAACACUUCGCAGCGCGCAACAGGAAGCCUUGCAAGCCCGAGGGGAAUCUUUCUGAAAAGCCGCACAAGUUCCAGGACUUUGGUUAGUCUUGUAUUCGAAGGUGCCAUUGGGGCAAUCAACUUUAAGGGAUCCGCAAACUGUAAAAGUCGGGGCGUCCAUCAGCUAGUGGGCGUUUCACGGCGUUCCCAGAGUGAAGCUUUUAAUGGGCUGCUGGGUAUUAUAGGUGCUACAGCUGCUUUGGGUCUUGCGAUCGCGGCGACCGCAUUUAACGAGAGUCUCAAGCCCGAUCCAGACGGCGACACCUUUGAGAUGGGGCUGUACACGGCGUCCCAGAAGGAGCUUGCACGUAUCCAGCACGAAAAGCGGCAACGCGCUCUUGAUGGGUGUAGAAAUCGUGCUUCUCGGUGGUUUGUUCGCGGCUGGUUCGCAUUUAAAGACGCUGUGCUUGAGCCCCUUCUGAUUGCAUCGCGGUUUGUGCAACUUGCGCUAAUAUUCGUUCCUGUAUUUCUGCUCUACCCUAUUACUUUCUUUGGGCACCGCGUGCACCUCGAUGGCACCACGACACAUGUCCAGACCACACAUGGUGCCCGUCUAUGGUACGCUAUUUUAAGGCGCGCUCUUGAGGUUGCUGGUCCUAGCUUUAUCAAACUCGGCCAGUGGGCUGGCUCGCGUACUGAUAUUUUCUCUGAGGGCCUUUGCAUGGAGCUGGGCAAUCUUCAUAGUCAUGCCAAAAAGCACUCACUAAAAUUUACAGAGCGAGAGGUCUGCCGCGCUCUCAAAAUCAACCAUCUAAAUGAUGCUUUCGAGAAAUUCGAUGAACGGCCACUUGGUGUUGGCGCCAUUGCUCAAGUCUAUGUUGGUCAGCUGUCUCAUGCUUUCGUGCGCGAGCGUGAGCUUCAACUUGACCCUGACGAAAAUCGCUGGUGUGCUAUCAAAAUCAUCCAUCCACAUGCAGCUCGCAACAUCAGUCGAGACCUUCGGAUUAUGCAGUUUUUUGCAGAUGCUAUUGACAUGAUUCCUACCAUGGAAUGGCUGUCACUGCCCAAUGAGGUUGAGCAAUUUGCAAUUCUAAUGCGUCUGCAAUUGGAUCUUCGAAUUGAGUGUAUGAACCUCAAGCGCUUCAACGAUAAUUUUAAGCGCUCAUUUCAGGUUAAGUUUCCUCGCGGCUUUCAAGAGCUCACUACAAGACAAGUGUUAUUCGAAGAAUAUAUAUAUGGUUUCCCAAUGGAAGAGUUUCUCCGCGCCAAAGAUGAGCUAAAUGAUACUAGCUUACGCAAAAAGGUAAGCCAUCCAUUUAUUGACGCCUUUUUGCAAAUGCUCAUCCUCGAUGAUUUCAUUCACGCAGAUCUGCACCCUGGAAAUGUUAUGAUCCGCUUUGUUAAAGCUGAUAAAUACCACUCGAAGUCAAUUUCAACUGAGGAGGAAUGCUAUGAGGUAAUUCACCGCUUGAAGCGUAAGCUCAAAAACAAGGACGAGUCUUUUCUCCCCGAACUACGUCAGGUUCUCACCGACUUUACUCCACAAAUUUGCUUCAUUGAUACCGGACUCGUCACCGAGUUAAACACCCGAAACCGUACUAACUUUAUUGCUCUCUUUGAUGCUCUUGCGCGCUUCGACGGUUACCGCGCAGGUGAGCUGAUGAUCGAACGAUCCCGCACUCCAGAGACUGCUAUAGACAAAGAGCUAUUUGCUUUAAAAGUCGAAAAGCUAGUUGCGAAGGUAAAGAAGCGCACGUUCACCCUCGGUACUGUCUCUAUUGGCGAUCUACUGGAUCAAAUGCUUUCUAUGGUUCGCGGCCACCAUGUCCGCAUGGAGGGCGACUUCGUUUCCGUAGUUGUCGCUAUACUACUUUUGGAAGGGAUAGGAAGACAACUUGAUCCCGAUCUUGAUUUGUUCGCAAGCUCGCUCCCAAUAUUACGUGAAUUUGGCAUGAAGCGCGAGGGCAGAAGCAUCUUACAAGAUGUUGAUACGCUAUCUAUGUGGAAAAUCUGGCUUGGCCUAGAACUUCGUCAAUUCAUGAACUUAUCCGUCAAACAGACUGACCAGCUUUGUCCAAAUUACUAA